UCUGCUUACUUGCAGGAAAAUAGCAAAAAAUUGAAAAUGAAGUUUCCACCUAAGAUUCCAAACAGAAAAACAAAAAGUAAAACAAAUAAGGGAGGAAUAACUCAACCAAAUUUAAAUGACAGUUUGGAAAUUACCAAACUGGACUCUUCCAUCAUUUCAGAAGGGAAAAUUUCCACUGUUGCACCACAGAUCCAGGCUUUUACGCUACAGAAGGCAGCAGCAGAAGGUUUGAUGAGCCUUCUCCGUGACAUGGGGAAAGGUUAUUUAGCCUUGUGUUCAUACAACUGCAAAGAAGCUAUAAGUAUUUUAAGCCAUUUACCAUCCCACCACUACAACACUGGCUGGGUGCUGUGCCAAAUUGGGAGAGCUUACUUCGAGCUUGCAGAAUAUAUGCAGGCUGAGAGAAUAUUUUCAGAAGUCAGGAGGAUUGAGAACUACAGAGUGGAAGGCAUGGAGAUCUAUUCGACCACGCUGUGGCACCUGCAGAAAGAUGUUGCCCUUUCUGUUCUUUCAAAGGAUUUGACAGACAUGGACAAAAACUCACCAGAGGCCUGGUGUGCUGCAGGAAACUGCUUCAGCUUGCAGCGAGAGCAUGACAUUGCCAUCAAGUUCUUCCAGAGAGCCAUUCAAGUGGAUCCAAACUAUGCUUAUGCCUACACCCUGUUGGGGCACGAGUUUGUGUUAACAGAAGAACUAGACAAAGCAUUGGCUUGUUUUAGAAAUGCCAUCAGAGUCAACCCUAGACACUAUAAUGCAUGGUAUGGGUUGGGAAUGAUUUACUACAAACAGGAAAAGUUCAGUCUAGCAGAAAUGCAUUUCCAGAAAGCACUUGAUAUCAAUCCUCAGAGCUCAGUCUUACUGUGUCACAUUGGAGUAGUCCAACAUGCACUGAAGAAGUCUGAAAAGGCUUUGGAUACUUUAAACAAAGCUAUUAACAUCGACCCCAAGAACCCACUAUGCAAAUUCCACAGAGCCUCUGUAUUAUUUGCAAAUGAAAAAUACAAGUCUGCUUUACAAGAACUUGAAGAACUGAAACAGAUUGUUCCCAAAGAGUCUCUUGUUUACUUUUUAAUAGGAAAGGUUUAUAAGAAACUGGGUCAAACACAUUUGGCCCUAAUGAAUUUCUCAUGGGCAAUGGACUUAGAUCCCAAAGGAGCCAAUAACCAGAUUAAAGAGGCCAUCGAUAAGCGUUACCUUCCAGAUGAUGAGGAGCCAAUAACUCAAGAGGAGCAAAUCAGUGAAUGUUACCCCUAUGAAUCAGUUGGCACAGACGAAUCCCAAGAGAGCAGCAUGACGGAUGCAGACGACACACAGCUCCAUGCAGUUGAAAGUGAUGAAUUUUAACAUCCAGAAGCCAGUAUCUGAGCUCGAGUGUGUGACUGGUACUGUUGUGUUCCCCCCCUUCCUUCGCAUCCUGGGUCUUCACAUCACUGAGCCAGCACUGCCAUUGUUCUCACUGACUCGCCGCUCGGACUGGGCCGUACGCUGGGUUCAUGGCAGGGCAAUAUUCAGCUGCUACUGAGUCUGACUCUUGGCUCCUACACAUCUAUGGAAGUGACUGAGGAGGAAAUGCUAUUUUUUGGACUCCCCUUCGCUGGAAAAAAAUAUCAUGGAAGAAAGACUUGUGGUUUGCUGUAACAAAGCUGGUAGAUGUGGGGAUAGUACUAAUGAAGCAGUGUCUUGUACUUUUUUUCCAGAAACGUGUCUUAGUUGGGUUCUUUCUUGGUAAGCAGAGUGCUGAACCUCAUUUCCAAGUUCAAGGACAGCGUUGACAAGUGCAGGCUGUUAAAGAGACUUUUGCAUAUUGUAGUGUAACUUAAAUGCCAGGGAAUGUAAAUGACCUUAAAAGCUGCAGUGUCUC